AUGACGCUUAAAGAUACAAUAAAUGGUGUGGUGAAGCCUAAUGUAUAUGAUGAAGGCAACAAGACCGGGCUGUUAAUUUCCGAGGAUGUUGCUGGAAAAUCCGUACGGGCGGCAAUGCCCAAGAGUAGAUCUCGCAUCGAGAAUGUACAAAGUAAUGAUUUGAACAUCGAAAUAAGCCAAAGAGAUAUUGAUAAGGCAGCAAAGAAGUAUCAUAAAGAGAUGAAAGUUCGCCGGAGACAGCAAAAUGGGGGGAAUGAAGCUGCACAGCUACAACAUGGGUUUCUGUCUGUCUUGACGCAGGUUCUUUUCAGUGAGAUUCAGGAACAGCAGCAAGAAGUAAAGCAAGAAGUACAGCAAGAAAUGCGUCCUAGAUCUCGACUGCGGUCUCACCUGAAAAAUCCGAAACAUAGGCGGUCUCAAAUGGCCAAUAAUGAGCAUGGACAUCGUAGAGAGAGGCCCCAAGAAAGAGAGAACCAGGCUGCACAAGAGUCUUCUUUGAGACGUCUGAAACAUCUGAAACAACAUCCAGAAGGGUUUGUAGGGUGUCUGGAGGACUAUGAGUCGCUGAGUCGCCAGUCAUUUCGUACUCAGGAGCUGUUACAAGAGGCAUCACAUAUACGGCUCGGAAAUCCGAUGCAAGUGAGGCUGCAAGAUGAACAAGCUCAAGUUGCUAAUGAUGAAUUAUCUCACAAAACUCGAAGACAUCAAAAACAUGCCAUACGGCAGCAUACCUCGCUCGAGAAUGCAGAACUGUCGUUGGAGUCUGAAGAAAACGGUUCAAGACAAAGGCGUCAUAAACACACGAGACAACACCAAAAAUGCCUCGAAACUUCUCCAGGUGCAAGUUCGAAUCAACGCAACCAUAGACAGGUCCUGGAUCCACAAGGAGAACCGCCAUGGUCAUCGGAAAUAGUUUCAGUGACACGUACAAGACAUAAUCGACAAAGACGCCCACAAGCAGAUCAAACACAAAUUUGGGAAGAAAUUCCAGAAACAUCUUCAAUACAAAGACGUCAACGUCAUCUUGCACAGCAACAUGGUCCGCCAGGGAGUCCGGCCAGAUCACACGCAACAGAUUCAGAAUCCCGUUUGAAACAAAUUGUGCAACAACUGAGUCAAGUUCCAGAUGAACCACACUUUGCUUCGCAUCAAGGAACAGACUCGGGGCCAAUACAAACACAUCUAAGAAGUCCUAUAUUAAAUGAUGUCAUAAACGAAGAGCUGCGGGCCAGUCAACGAAAACCUCGAAGUCACAAUUCACCCAGAAUAUUACAUCCGUGCGAUAGGCAUCCUUCGAGCGAUGAUACACCCCAAAGUACCCCAAGUCAAGAAGAUCGCCCUCCCUCAGACGAAUAUUACGCUGGUAACGAAGCUGAAAUACCCCCUUACCAUGCUACACUCCACAAAUAUUUGGAUUUGAUAUCCUACGAUCCUCGAGUGGUACCAUGUUUAAGGGUUAACAGAUCCCUAAUCAGAAGUAACGACAAACUAACAGAGUCCAUCUUCCAAUUUCUGAAGUUCAAUUUAUUUCCAGAAUCGAUUGAUCCUUGGGAAAUAUCCCAUAUUGAUGAUCAACAUUACGAUGACUUAAUUCCUGAUUUAAUUCCGCUAGAAACAGACAGCAGCGAUGUUCUGCCAAAUAUACCUUACGAAUCUCAUUACAGUCAUCAUAACAAUAUGGUGCCGCAAAUAAUUAGCGAUGAUGACUACGAAUAUGCGUUAUAUUUAUCAACGCUUGAAAAUAAUGUACAUAAUUACGCCACGGGUAUAGGUUCCAUCGUUAGAGGUUAA